GCCCCUCGGCUGGGCUGGGAGAUGGCUCCGGAGCUGACAAUGCCACACCGGGAGCUCGGUGGGACCCCUCACACACCCCAAGCUCUGCCCCAACACCCGCCUGUGCCGUCACUGAGUGUCUUUGUCCUGCAGAGAGAUGCCAAGGGCCAGUACCUGUUUGACCUUCUCUGCCACCACCUGAACCUGCUGGAGAAGGAUUACUUUGGCAUUCGCUUCGUGGACCCCGACAAGCAAAGGCAUUGGCUGGAGUUUACCAAGUCGGUUGUGAAGCAGAUGCGGGCCCAGCCUCCCUUCACCAUGUGCUUCCGUGUCAAGUUUUACCCCACGGACCCCGCGGCGCUGAAGGAGGAGAUCACCAGGUACCUGGUUUUCCUGCAGAUCAAAAGGGAUCUGUACCACGGCAGGCUCCUGUGCAAGACAUCGGAUGCUGCAUUGCUGGCUGCCUACAUCCUGCAGGCUGAGAUUGGGGACUACGACCCGGGGAAGCACCCAGAAGGUUACAGCUCCAAGUUCCAGUUCUUCCCCAAGCACUCGGAGAAGCUGGAGAGGAAAAUCGCGGAGAUCCACAAGUCAGAGCUCAGUGGGCAGACACCAGCUACUUCAGAGCUGAAUUUCCUCAGGAAAGCCCAGACUCUGGAGACCUACGGGGUUGACCCACACCCAUGCAAGGACGUGUCUGGCAAUGCAGCCUUCCUGGCCUUCACCCCCUUCGGCUUCGUGGUCCUGCAGGGGAACAAGAGAGUUCACUUCAUCAAGUGGAACGAGGUGACCAAGAUGAAAUUCGAAGGGAAGACUUUCUAUCUGUAUGUAAGCCAGAAGGAGGAGAAGAAAAUUGUUCUCACCUAUUUUGCCCCAACACCAGAAGCCUGCAAACACCUCUGGAAGUGUGGGAUUGAGAACCAGGCUUUCUACAAGUUGGAGAAGUCGAGCCAGGUGCGGACAGUGUCCAGCAGCAACCUGUUCUUCAAGGGCAGCCGCUUCCGCUACAGCGGCCGCGUCGCCAAGGAGGUGAUGGAGUCCAGUGCCAAGAUCAAGAGGGAGCCCCCCGAGAUCCACCGGGCAGGGCUGGUGCCGAGCCGGAGCUGCCCGUCCAUCACUCACGGCCCCCGGCUGAGCAGCGUGCCCCGCACCCGGCGGAGAGCCGUGCACAUCUCCAUCAUGGAAGGCCUGGAGUCCCUCCGUGACAGCGCCCACUCCACCCCGGUGCGCUCGGCUUCCCACGGCGACGCCUUCGCGGGUCCCGGCCGGAGCGGCCGCGCCGAGAGCAGCGAGCGGGUGGCCGUGAUCGCCGACGAGAGCUACAGCCCCGCCGACAGCGUGCUGCCCACGCCCGUGGCCGAGCACAGCCUGGAGCUGAUGCUGCUGUCCCGCCAGGCCAACGGGGCCCCGUGCAGCAUCGAGGAGGAGAAGGAGUCGGAGGCGGGCACGCCGGCGGCCGAGGCGGAGGGCGAGCUGCGGGCGCUGUGCCCGGGCAGCGCCGGCCUGGGGCCGGCACACGGCCAACAGGUGAAUAAGUUUCUUUUAAGUGUCCUCCGUUUGCUCCUUGUGACAGUUGGACUCCUCUUUGUUUUGCUCCUCCUCCUGAUCGUCCUUACCGAGUCCGACCUUGACACUGCCUUUUUCCGUGAUAUCCGCCAGACCCCAGAGUUCGAGCAGUUCCAUUACCAAUACUUUUGUCCCCUCAGGCGAUGGUUUGCCUGCAAGCUCCGCGCCGUGGUAAACCUGCUCAUUGACACCUGA